AUGUCUUCACAAUACGAUGUUCUCGUCACCGGUUCGGCUGGCCAUCUCGGCACCGCUCUCAUGCUCACUCUGCCCUCACUGGGCUUCAACCCCCUGGGCAUCGACAUCCUCCCCUCACCCACGACAACAAUCGUAGGCUCUGUUAGCGACCGCGCUUUCAUCGCCUCUAUUUUCGCUUUCAACCCCAUCAAGCACAUCCUUCAUACUGCAACCCUGCACAAGCCGCACAUAUGCAGCCACAGUAAGGAGGACUUCAUCUCAACCAACAUUCUCGGCACUCUAGUCCUCCUUGAAGAGUCCUCCAAAUUCACAGCCCAAAUUGAGAGCUUUAUUUUCUUCAGCACAACUAGUACGUUUGGCAGCGCACUGAGUCCCAAACCGGGUUCGCCAGCCGUCUGGAUCGAUGAAUCUGUAACACCCGUGCCGAAGAAUAUCUAUGGCGUGACGAAGGUUGCGGCGGAGGAUGUAUGCUCUCUGGUGCAGAAGGAGAGUAAUUUGCCCGUGCUGGUUCUCCGCACGAGUCGUUUUUUCCCCGAGGAAGAUGAUGAUGAAGACCGGCGCUCGGCUAUGGGGGAUGAAAAUUUGAAGGUUCUGGAGCUGGCUUACCGGCGAUGUGACAUUGAGGAUAUUGUGGGUGCCUCGGUAUGUGCAAUGAGAAGGGCGAGGGAGAUUCAAUGGGGGAAGUAUAUCAUUAGCGCACCGUCGCCUUUCGAGAGUGAUGCGCAUACGCUUGAUGCACUGAACCGGGACCCAGCGGCGGUGUUAAACAAGAUCUUCCCGGAGCUGGAUGUCCUAUUUAAGGAAAAAGGGUGGAAGCAUCAUGAGAGAAUUGAUCGGGUUUAUGAUUCAAGCAGGGCGAUUAGGGAGCUGGGAUGGGAACCUAGGUAUACAUUUGAGAAGACAGUGGAGAGGUUGGUGAGCGGCGGGGAAUGGAAGAGUGAGCUAACAGCGAGAGUCGGCAAGAAAGGGUAUCAUGCUGUAAGCACAGGAGUCUAUACGAAGCGAUAA